CCCGCCAUUUGAAUCAGCGAAGAUCGCGGAGUCCAGAACCACAAAGGCUCCAGGUGGCACACAGAAGAGCCGUUAUGGCUCCUCACAAGGUUGACAAUGGCAAGCGGCGAAAAGAACCGAGAACUAGAACGGCGGGCAAAAAGAUCGGCAAGCAGGCGCCAAGAUGUGACUCUUCGGUCGGCUCGCUGAAAAUGGAGAACGGCAAGGCGAACGGGAGCGUGCAGGACCUGCAGAAGGACCACGAGUUGUUCCUGCAGGCGUUCGAGAAACCCACGCAGAUCUACAGGUUUCUGCGCACCAGGCACAUCGUGGCGCCGGUGUUCCUGCAGAGGAACGUCACCUACAUGUCACAGAGGUUCUCCAGGAGCCACUGUCGCAGGAAACAGUUCAAGGUAGAUUCAGUGUUAGGAGACAUUGUUGCUGAGGAGAAGAAAGUAGAAGAACAAAAGGCACUCAGCCCGCCUGUACAAUGCACACCUAGGUAUUUAAACUUGAACUUCAUCACCUUCUGCUGGUCCCAGGCAGACAAUGUGGAUCCAGCAGUCGUGCCUCAGGAGGUCAUGGUGGAGGCCGCCCUUCUCAAGAUCUGUCACAAGAAGAGGAAAGACGUCUUGUCCCCGAUGAAGCACGUGUCUCUGGGAAAGAUACAAGUGCCCUGUGUGUCCGGCGCCGACGGUGCCAGCAGAACUGGACCUUCUCUGUCCAUCCCGGGAGAGUGCUUCCAGCCUAGUAACGGUCAGAUCAAAUCCUACGUGCUGGUGCUAAGAGUUACCGUUACCAACUCUCAACCAAUGGGAGACGAGGACGAAGACGCUUCCGGGGAACCUGCGCCAAAGAGGCUCUGCAUGUCGCCUCCGGAAGACGUCGUGUUGAACGGGGCGGUCAACGGGGACAUGCCGCUGGAGGACAUGAUCUCGAGCGCGGAGUACCAGGCGGAGUUGAUCGUGUACGACAAGCAGCACUCGUGUUUGCUGACGGAAGGGGAUUACGAGAUUGCGCUGAAACAGACACACAGCCUACCUCUCCAGAACAAACAGGCGCAGUGGGAGACCAUCAUGGACGGCAGGGCGGUCGGGCCGUUCGAAACGUUCCGCCUGGGACCCACGCUACGCUUUAAACUGACCUGGACGCACUGUCCCAGCACGGUCGCCAGUAGACUCUCCACCACACCAUCGAAAGUCACGGGACAGAGCCUCGGACCCUUCGAGGAACGGCCGGUCGAGAGACAAAACUCGAAAGCGCUGUCGAACGUUAAGUACAAGAAAACGCCGGAAAAGCAGGAGAAGCGACAGAGGAUCUUCUACCAAUUCCUGUACAACGGCAACAUGCGGCAGCAAACAGAAGCGCGGGACGACCUCCACUGCCCGUGGUGUACGCUGAACUGUAUGAAGCUGUACAGUCUUCUCAAGCAUCUCAAACUCUGCCACUCGCGGUUUACGUUCGUCUUCGUCCCACAUCCCAAAGGUGCUAGAAUCGAUGUUUCCAUCAAUGAGGGAUACGACGGUUCGUACGCGGGAAACCCAGCCGACCUCCACCUCAUGGGCUUCGCGUUCAGGAGGAACGGGCCGUGUCGAAGGUCUCCUGUCACCAACAUUUUAGUCGCAAAGCCGAGACGGCCGGAGCCUAGCUUGUCAGAGUUUCUGGAAGGGGAGGACCUGGAACUUGAUUGGACGCGCCCGUUCACCAGCGGACACAACAGACUUUACUUCCACUCAGGCACCUGCCUCCCGCUGCGACCGCAGGAAAUCGACAACGACAGCGAGGAGGAGAACGAUCCUAUUUGGCUAAAACAGCGCACUCAGCACAUGAUUGACGAGUUCACAGAUGUAAAUGAAGGAGAGAAAGAGCUGAUGAAAAUGUGGAACCUUCACAUCAUGAGAAACGGCCACAUUGCAGACUGCCAGGUGCCGACAGCGUGCAGCACGUUUGUUGAGGAGAAGGGCGUGUGGAUCGUCCAGCGGAACCUGGUCAGGAACAUGCUGCUCCACCUGGUCAACCUGUACGACUUCAGUCUCAUCAGCUCCUCCGUCGUGCAGCAGACCAUCGCCAGGCUCAGGAAGAUGGAGGCAGAGGCCGCAGCGACAGCCGCGAACGAACCCACGCAAAACUCCACCGCUCCAAGCACGGCCACCUCACCCGACCAGCCACAGAAGCCCUGAAGUUCCAAGGGUUAAGCCACAUGGUUCUUGUCAUAUAGGCCUCACCAAUUUUAUUGUUGUUUCUCGAUUUCGCCCUGUCCAUUUUUGUCUGAUUUGCGAAAAAAAAAAAGAAGAUUUUAGGUUCUGAAUCAACUGCAAAAUGCUCAAGCAAAGACAUAUGUUGGCCACAACUAUGUUUUCCUAGUUGUUAAAGUUUUUCAAUGUAACAGUUCAACUUCGUUUCAUUUAAAGUUCAAAAUCUAUUGUUUUAUUUUAAUUAUAAACUA